AUGGCGGCGGUGGUUGUCGGGCUCUCGUCGGGCGCCGGGCGGGCUGACUGGCUGGCGGCGGUGGUGCAACGGUCAGCGUGCGUGAAUGGAAGUCAAGUCGAAAGGCGAAAAUCUGCGGGCUCUCGCGCUAGGCCCGAUCGGGUUGCGGGCCCGGAUAAUUCAUCAGCUGGCUGGUCAGCUGUACGAGCCAUUUUCGCGGAGAUCGACUUGGCUUCGCUGCUUUUUGAUUUCAAAUCUCGAGGGACUGAAGGAGCAGACAGGCGACAGCUCCUGUGUUUGGUUGACAAGAUGGAGUUGGUUACUCUGCUUUAUGCUUUAUUGGCCGUCACAGCGGCCGCCUCCGUGGCAUGCGCUUUUGGACGUCACUCUCUCUGGCUCUGGGGAUAG